ACAGCUGAAACAAACAGACAAUAACGGAGAUAAUAACAGACACUAUCAGCAUCCAGCAGUAAUGCAGCCACCACCCAGGAAGGUGAAAGAAAGCCAGCAAGUGAAACUGGUGUUCUCAGAGCAGCUUAGCAAAUUACAGAACAAGCAACAUCAGGACACUGAACUUCUGGAGGAGAUAAGGUCCUUCAGCAAGCAACGAGCAGCCAUAGAGAAAGAAUAUGGUCAGGCUCUUCAGAGGUUAGCUGUCCAGUACCAGAAGAGAGACUGGCAAAGAGGAAACACAGAUGCUGUUGCUUCUGGCAGUGUGUUUGGUGUGUGGCGGUCUGUGGUAGAUGCCACAGCUCAGACUGCCGCAUCACGACUCGCUGCGGCAGAGGAGUAUCGCAGACUGAUUGGGCAAGUCUCCAGAAGCCUUCGCAAUUCAAAGGACGUCCGAGCGAAGAAAGGCCUGGAGCAGCUUCAGAGGGUACAGGGUGAAGUGGUGGAUUCUCUGCGUGAGCUGCACAGGAUCAAGAAGAACUACCACCAACUCAGUCACAUUGCCAGUGUUGCCAGAGAAAAAGCAGCUGAUGCACAGAGCAGAGCAAGGAGGAGCGAGCAUGGGAUUUUCCACUUUAAAAGCGGACUACAGAAAAUGACUGCUAAGCUCAGCGCCAGGUUGAAAGAGUGUGAUGACCGUUUGAAUGAGGUUCGCAACGAUUAUCUGCUGGCGUUAGCGGCCGUCAACACCCACCAACAACACUACUACACCAACGAGUUACCACGUAUUAUGGAGCUAAUGGACGGUGAUAUUUAUGACAAUCUGAGGAGCCACUUUACUCUGCUGUGUGGGACAGAGAUGGAUACCUGUCUGGCAGCACACAAACAGCACAGCAGGAUAUGGGACAGCGUGGCUAAGGUGACCAGAGACAGAAAUGUGCAGCAGUUUUUACAAGAGUCUGUUUCCUUCAGCAAAACAUCUGCAUUCAGCUUCCAGCCGGCUCCACGAGACAAGCUGUCUGUUCUGCAGGAGGUCUGUGCUGUAGAAGGGGAGGGCUGUCUGGUUAAGGAAGCCAAGAAAUGGGCUUCAAAAGCUGCUAAAGACUACAAGAUCAUCACCCAUGGAGAGAGGGCCUUGCAGACGCUGGAGAGUCGGUUGAAGCUGUUGUCGGGGGAGACGGGGCUCAGUGUGGAGCAGAAGAUAACAGAAGUGCAGGACAGCGUCAGGAAAGCCAGGCUCAGCAGGGUGAAGGCAGAGGCCCGUCUGGCUCUGUUGUCAGAGAGCGUCGCUGGAAUCGAACUGUGUCUCCAUAACGCCAUGAACCAGGCGGAGGAGGAGCUGGAGAGAGAGAGACGGCUCAGCGAACAGAGGAGGUCUACCGAGGACUUUUCAGAAGAAGAGUUCGAGCUGACCGACUUUGAGGACUACGAUGAUGAGAACGGAGACAUCUUCGCAGAUCCAGCCUCAACAUCUGGAGUGUGUGUUUACCCUGCAGCCUGCAGAGUGGUCUAUAGCUACCAGGCCAGCCAAUCAGAUGAGCUGUCAAUUUUGGAAGGAGAAGAGCUUCAAGUGAUCGAGGAUGGAGACAUGGAGGACUGGCUGAAGGUGUGUAACUCGUGUGGUCAGGUCGGGUAUGUUCCUGAGCGUUAUGUGCAGUUCUUGUGUCUACCAGCAGAGGACACUGUUCAACUGGACAGCUCUUUCAGCUCCACCCCAUCUGCAGGGAAUAAAGAAAGGGCAGGGAGCCGAGGUGUGGCACGAGCUCUGUACUCCUACCAGGGUCAGAGUGCAGAGGAGCUUUCCUUCCAGGAGGGGGCGCUGAUACACCUGAUGCGCUGUCGACAUGGAGAGGUGGAUGAUGGCUUUUGGGAAGGAGAGCUAAAUGGACGGAUUGGCGUCUUCCCAUCGUUGGUGGUAGAACUGGUCCAUGAGGAAGGGGACGAGGAGGAAAAGGAGGAGGAGGAGGAGCCUCUCCCAACUCCCACCAUGCCUCCCUUCUCUCCCCCCAUCCCAAUACCCUCAAACCAGGACAAACAGCAGGUCGCUCCCACAGGGCUGCCGAGGUUGCCAGACAACAGAAUGGACACUGCAGGCAGCAGCCACAACUCUCCAGAUCUGAGCAGCAGCAGACUCAGACCAUGUCGAGCACCGCCUCCUCCUCCAACACAGAGGCUUUCACCUCAGCCUUGA